UGGUAAAAUAGAAGGGGUGCUCCUUUACAGUAGAAAGUCACCUCCGGUUAUUCCCGUUUAGGGAUCUCCACAGCGACUCGCAUGAUGACAUUUGGCACGGUUUUUAUGCCUGAUGCGACCGUGACUCAGUGCCACAGCCACGAGAGCGCUCGUUUUAACCACCAGUCUACCAGGGUACAUCUGUAAACAGCGACUGUGUGGGAGGCCCUACGCUGAGGUCAGAAACGAAUCCUUCAGUCUACGGCGUAGCUUACCCAAAAUGGGUCACUCUGACAUAUGCAGAGAUCCGACAACCCGUUGGCGGAUAGAAGUUGGUGAAUGUGUGCCGUGUCCUAAAAGCCCAGGACAUAAAACUACCACUAACUGUGGCUACGGUGACGACGGAGCGCGCCACGAAGUAACGUUCCUACCGUGCCAAUCUAACACUUUCAACGAUGGCAGCAGAUAUGACUGUCAGCCCUGCUCCCCGUGCCAGUCCGGGGAACGCGUCGUGAGCAAAUGCACCCCAACUAAUAACACCAAGUGCGAGAAACCAAGAAGCCGAACGACCGAGGGUCCUGCUCCAAAACCAACAACAUCAGCUUCUGUCUUCAGCAACAUACCAACGACAAAGGAGGGAUCCAGCCUAGCCAACAAAGCAACCCCUCAUCAAGAGCCUCCUACUUCUCCAUGGGUAGUGCCAUUAGUCAGCCUACUUUCCAUCACAGCUAUCAUAGUUCUCAUAUCUGCUGUCAUGAUCUACAGGAAACGAAAAAGAGGACAGCACACAGAACCCAGCUGUUGCAGACGAUCUUCACUGACCAGCCCAGGCUUCUCUAGCCUCUAUACAUCAGCCGACAAUGAGCUGGAGUCUAUUCUCAGUCCUAACAUCCUGUCAGCACCAUUACAGACAGUGCUGGACAACCUGGAUGUUUUGGAGGAGUUGGUGAUUCUGUUAGAUCCAGAGAGCCGCGGAAUAAAAAACACCAAACAUCUGGCAUCCCACUGCUCCUUCCCCUCCACCUGGAUUACGUAUACAUAUUCUAUGAAGGAUAGUAAGAGCCCCCUGAAAGCUGUGCUGGAGGGGGUCACCAGCCGACACCCUGACUGGACGGUAGAACAUCUGGCUAAGCUGCUUAAACUGAUUGAGCGCAAUGAUGCCAUCUUUGUUCUCUCUAAACUCAGAAUGAAUGUACAGUAAUAACCAUGUAGCCUUUCUUAGUCCUGUGGCUGUUAAUAGCCUUUAACUGAUAUCAUUCAUGUAUGCUGGAAGAUGUUCAGUUAUUUGCAGGAGUCUACAAAAUCCGUGCUUAACGAACAAAUCAACAGUAACCACAGACUGUAUUUAAAUGUAAUAACAGAAGAAAAAGGUAGGAGGAGGAGUUCAAUGCAGCAAAGAAAGAGAUGAGGAAGGUUUUCACAUUUUUCUAACACUGGUCAUGAGGAGUCCUACUCAGAUUGUGCCAGUGUUUUCUUGUGGCUCUGGAAGGUGGUUUCCAGAGUUUGAACACAAACACAUGGCUGUAGGAAUUUAUCAGACAGCACAACAGUCUAAUCAGAGACCACUGUCAACAUGCAUUAACAAAGUGCAGGAUCUAGUGUUUUUCCAGCUUAACUCAUAUUAGAGGCUCCAAGUCAGGGUCUCUCAGCCUCUGCUGAGUCAUGCAACAUUUUGGUAAUGAGAAUACAGAAAAGAAUCACUCUGAUUUGCAACAACAUCAGCGUUUUCAAGACAUGCAUAUUGAUGUCUAUGACAGAAAUGCACAAUAUUGCACUACAUCACUUUUCUGCAUUGAACAACUUUUCCCUGUGUGCAACUAUUAAUUCGAGACAGCUUGUGCUUACAUACUUUUCAUUAAUAGUGGACCAUUAACCAAAAGAUAUUCAUCUUAUUUUUAAAAAGCUGUAACAUUCCACUAAAUAUUAUUGUAUUUCUUCAAGUUACUGGUUUAUUUUCUACUCAAUUUUAAUAAAAACGUUUAUUCAAA